ACGCAAUUUCAAUUCUAAGGAAUGUACGAAUUCCAAUUUUAAAGUACACAAUUUCAAUUCUAAGGAAUGUACGACGUAGAAAAGGUUGCCGAUUCUAUAUUAAUACGGUGUUCCUCCCUACAGUGGGGCUUCAUUCUCUAUAGGAUGAGGAGAUUAUUCACUGUUCAUCAAUAUUUCAUUUCAUGACUUCCUUCUCUCAAAUAUAAAGUUACCGUCAUUGGAAUCUACUUUUUUUUAAAUAUGUGAUUUAACAAUGAUAUCUGGUGCGCAGUUAAAAUGAAUGUAUUUAAAUCUACCACAUAAACAUGGAGGGACGCUACAAACCAUCCUUUGACGAUCAAUUUUCGAGACAAAUUGUCCAAGAAAUGAAAGAGUUGCCAUUAUACACGUAUGAAGAUUCUUUCGACAAUGUUGGGAACUAUCCAUAUCGGAUGAUAUCUCAACCAGAUGAUGGCGCCUACAUAUCACAGAUAUUUACCAAUACCAUUGCAAGAGCGUCAGGAUAUUGGCUGGACCACCAGUUGAGAGUGAAGUACACUAAUGACAACCUCUCGGAAUUGGAACCUGACCCCGAGGAAGACUACGCCGAUACCUGCUGUGACAAGAAAGAACGUAAAACAAUUGUCUUGAUUACUCUGGGGAUUCUGUUCGUAGCUGUCGCGGGAGGAGCCUUGAUGGUGUAUAUAAGUCUCCUGUCACCAUUCACAGAUAAUAAUGAAGCAAAAAAAUGUGAACAAUUUCCACCAAUGUUUGGAAAUAAAUGUGAAUUUAGAUGCCACUGCUCUAAUUCAAGCGAAGUUUGUGAUAAAAAUUUCGGGAUUUGUCAAAGUGGGUGCAUUGAUGGAUGGCAGGGGAACAAUUGCCAGAUAAUUACUUCUGUAUUUGAUAAGUCAGCCAUCUUCGCCGAUUUACCUUCUACACACUUAGUUCAAUGCACUAUUAACAAACUUUGGUACAACUGGAGUAGCGUGUAUCUGACUGUCUACAACACAACAGAGACAAACAUUCUUAUCAAUGUGUCUCAAGGUGGCGAGAUCUCGGCAUCAGACGAGAGGUUGAACGCUACGUUAAGCAGAGCAACUGGGACUGAGGCAGAUAAUGUUACAUUUAAAUUUCUCUUUGGGGAAGACGACUGUGACUUGGCGGGAAUGUAUAGGUGCCAGUUUGAUAUGCUGGGAAACUUCAAUACAUCGUAUGCCAAUUUGUCCAUUUCUGUACAAGGAAAGUCCUCAAAUCUUCAGAUAUCGACAAAAAACGUAUACUUUAAAGGAUCUACAGACAGCAUAAACUGCACUCUACAACUAGCAGAUUCCAAUGCAGAUGUCAUUCUUACCUUUAUGGAUAAAGAUAAUAAUACUUUGAGUUCGACAACUGCUGAUGAACAAAUUGUAUACCCUGAAGCGAAAUGCACCAACCUGACAACGUUUAUUUACAACUUUAACGCCACACAAGAGCUGAAUCAAUCGAGGGCUAAGUGUACUUUGCGAAGUGAAGCAAAUGGAAUUGUUUUGGAAUCCAACGACUCAGUUAUCAAUAUUGUUUCUAGAUCUGUUUCUGUGGUUGCUGUGAUGGAACCUAAAAGCCUUGAAAUUGUGGCUGGAAAAACGGGUGAAUUGAAUUGCUUUGUCAAUGUGAGUAGCUAUCAAUGGACGGCCAUUCAUUUAGACUUUCAAAACGAAUCCCUCACUCGAAGAAUUGUCACAGUGAAUAACAACACAAUAAUUUCUUAUCAUGACCAAGUGAACGCAUCUUCGAGCAUAGAUUCCGAAUAUGUGAAUGUUACUUUCAUCUUCAAUCCACUAACGUCGACGGAUGGUUGUUCUCUCUCUGGUAGCUACACGUGCUUAAUAGAUUUGGUGGAUAUAUAUAUUGCAACUGAAAGCAAUAAUACUGCAGUCAUUUUCACAGCGCUGCCUUCUGAUGUUGAGAUGUACUUGAAUCCAUUGUAUGUGUAUGGAAAUGAAGAUACGGUAAACUGUUCAGCUAAUUUCGCCAUUCGGCCAACGUCGGAAUUAUUGUUGGAGGUUUGUCUGAACACGUCUAAUUUCAUAGCGAUCGAAAAUUAUACGACAACAAAACAGCUGUUACAACAAAGACAGUUAAAGGAUGGAAACUGCACACAGGGAAUGUAUCUGACCAACAGUAUUGUUUUUAAUCAUGACAUGAAUGUGUCAGUGCGAUGUAAGGCCACCGAUUCUUACUUAAACACCACAAUAGUUACUGACUGUAUUAAGCCGAACAUCUCAACGGUUUCCGUGGUUGCUGUGAUGGAACCUAAAAGCCUUGAAAUUGUGGCUGGAAAAACGGGUGAAUUGACUUGCUUUGUCAAUAUGAGUAGCUAUCAAUGGACGGCCAUUCAUUUGGACUUUCAAAACGAAUCCCUCACACGAAGAAUUGUAACAGUGAAUAACAACACGAUAAUUUCUUAUCAUGACCAAGUGAACGCAUCUUCGAGCAUAGAUUCCGCAUAUGUGAAUGUUACUUUCAUCUUGAAUCCACUGACGUCGACGGAUGGUUGUUCUCUCUCUGGUAGCUACACGUGCUUAAUAGAUUUGGUGGACAAAUAUAUUGCAACUGAAAGCGAUAGUAGUGCUGUCAUUUUCACAGUGCUGCCUUCUGAUGUUGAGAUGUACUUGAAUCCAUCGUAUGUGUAUGGAAAUGAAGAUACGGUAAACUGUUCAGCUAAUUUCGCCAUUCGGCCAACGUCGGAAUUAUUGUUGGAGGUUUGUCUGAACACGUCUAAUUUCAUAGCGAUCGAAAAUUAUACAACAAAACAGCUGUUACAACAAAGACAGUUAGAGGAUGGAAACUGCACACAGGGAAUGUAUCUGACCAACAGUAUUGUUUUUAAUCAUGACAUGAAUGUGUCAGUGCGAUGUAAGGCCACCGAUUCUUACUUAAACACCACAAUAGUUACUGACUGUAUUAAGCCGAACAUCUCAACGGUUUCCGUGGUUGCUGUGAUGGAACCUAAAAGCCUUGAAAUUGUGGCUGGAAAAACGGGUGAAUUGACUUGCUUUGUCAAUAUGAGUAGCUAUCAAUGGACGGCCAUUCAUUUGGACUUUCAAAACGAAUCCCUCACACGAAGAAUUGUAACAGUGAAUAACAACACGAUAAUUUCUUAUCAUGACCAAGUGAACGCAUCUUCGAGCAUAGAUUCCGCAUAUGUGAAUGUUACUUUCAUCUUGAAUCCACUGACGUCGACGGAUGGUUGUUCUCUCUCUGGUAGCUACACGUGCUUAAUAGAUUUGGUGGACAAAUAUAUUGCAACUGAAAGCGAUAGUAGUGCUGUCAUUUUCACAGUGCUGCCUUCUGAUGUUGAGAUGUACUUGAAUCCAUCGUAUGUGUAUGGAAAUGAAGAUACGGUAAACUGUUCAGCUAAUUUCGCCAUUCGGCCAACGUCGGAAUUAUUGUUGGAGGUUUGUCUGAACACGUCUAAUUUCAUAGCGAUCGAAAAUUAUACGACAACAAAACAGCUGUUACAACAAAGACAGUUAGAGGAUGGAAACUGCACACAGGGAAUGUAUCUGACCAACAGUAUUGUUUUUAAUCAUGACAUGAAUGUGUCAGUGCGAUGUAAGGCCACCGAUUCUUACUUAAACACCACAAUAGUUACUGACUGUAUUAAGCCGAACAUCUCAACGGUUUCCGUGGUUGCUGUGAUGGAACCUAAAAGCCUUGAAAUUGUGGCUGGAAAAACGGGUGAAUUGACUUGCUUUGUCAAUAUGAGUAGCUAUCAAUGGACGGCCAUUCAUUUGGACUUUCAAAACGAAUCCCUCACACGAAGAAUUGUAACAGUGAAUAACAACACGAUAAUUUCUUAUCAUGACCAAGUGAACGCAUCUUCGAGCAUAGAUUCCGCAUAUGUGAAUGUUACUUUCAUCUUGAAUCCACUGACGUCGACGGAUGGUUGUUCUCUCUCUGGUAGCUACACGUGCUUAAUAGAUUUGGUGGACAAAUAUAUUGCAACUGAAAGCAAUAGUAGUGCUGUCAUUUUCACAGUGCUGCCUUCUGAUGUUGAGAUGUACUUGAAUCCAUCGUAUGUGUAUGGAAAUGAAGAUACGGUAAACUGUUCAGCUAAUUUCGCCAUUCGGCCAACGUCGGAAUUAUUGUUGGAGGUUUGUCUGAACACGUCUAAUUUCAUAGCGAUCGAAAAUUAUACGACAACAAAACAGCUGUUACAACAAAGACAGUUAGAGGAUGGAAACUGCACACAGGGAAUGUAUCUGACCAACAGUAUUGUUUUUAAUCAUGACAUGAAUGUGUCAGUGCGAUGUAAGGCCACCGAUUCUUACUUAAACACCACAAUAGUUACUGACUGUAUUAAGCCGAACAUCUCAACGGUUUCCGUGGUUGCUGUGAUGGAACCUAAAAGCCUUGAAAUUGUGGCUGGAAAAACGGGUGAAUUGACUUGCUUUGUCAAUAUGAGUAGCUAUCAAUGGACGGCCAUUCAUUUGGACUUUCAAAACGAAUCCCUCACACGAAGAAUUGUAACAGUGAAUAACAACACGAUAAUUUCUUAUCAUGACCAAGUGAACGCAUCUUCGAGCAUAGAUUCCGCAUAUGUGAAUGUUACUUUCACCUUGAAUCCACUGACGUCGACGGAUGGUUGUUCUCUCUCUGGUAGCUACACGUGCUUAAUAGAUUUGGUGGACAAAUAUAUUGCAACUGAAAGCAAUAGUAGUGCUGUCAUUUUCACAGCGCUGCCUUCUGAUGUUGAGAUGUACUUGAAUCCAUCGUAUGUGUAUGGAAAUGAAGAUACGGUAAACUGUUCAGCUAAUUUCGCCAUUCGGCCAACGUCGGAAUUAUUGUUGGAGGUUUGUCUGAACACGUCUAAUUUCAUAGCGAUCGAAAAUUAUACGACAACAAAACAGCUGUUACAACAAAGACAGUUAGAGGAUGGAAACUGCACACAGGGAAUGUAUCUGACCAACAGUAUUGUUUUUAAUCAUGACAUGAAUGUGUCAGUGCGAUGUAAGGCCACCGAUUCUUACUUAAACACCACAAUAGUUACUGACUGUAUUAAGCCGAACAUCUCAACGGUUUCGGUGGUUGCUGUGAUGGAACCUAAAAGCCUUGAAAUUGUGACCGAAAAAACGGGUGAAUUGACUUGCUUUGUCAAUGUGAGUAGCUAUCAAUGGACGGCCAUUCAUUUAGACUUUCAAAACGAAUCCCUCACUCGAAGAAUUGUAACAGUGAAUAACAACACGAUAAUUUCUGAUGAUGACCAAGUGAACGCAUCUUCGAGCAUAGAUUCCGCAUAUGUGAAUGUUACUUUCAUCUUGAAUCCACUGACGUCGGCGGAUGGUUGUUCUCUCUCUGGUAGCUACACGUGCUUAAUAGAUUUGGUGGACAAACAUAUUGCAACUGAAAGCGAUAGUAGUGCUGUCACUUUCACAGUUGUCCUUAAAGCCUGAUGAGUUGAUAUCCUUAAAUCCUCACAACAUCAGGGGUCCUGAGUCCACUCGUGGCCAUGAGAUUCAGCACUAAUGAAGUUGGGAGGAGUAUGUCCGUAAUGAGAUUUCCAACGCCAUCGAGAGUAAGAUAACUGUCUAGAUAGUCAAGCGGUCUAGCGUGCUGCUAGAAAGAUUUCCCAGGUCGUAGGUUCCUUUCCGGGUUGGGGAGUGAGAGAGUGUCCAAUGAGAAUUUAUUUCUUCACGUAGUGCAGCUAUAUUGAUUUAGGGCAUAAUACAAUAUGUGUGUUUUUGAAUUAUUUCAACUGCAAUAAAUAGGUUGUCUUGUUUAAUAAUUCUACUUAAACUUAACGUUAUAAUAGAUAUACUCCAUUUCCUUUCUCGAUGACCAUGAAGUGUGUGACCAUUUGGUAAACAUGUGUCAUUGUAAGCAAGUUUAACAAGGUGGUUAGAAGACCAAUCGGAAUUAGCGCUUUUUGAAUAUGCUGCUAGAAGUUUAAGGUGGCUCACUUCACCCACAAAUAGUUUCUUAAAUCCGUCAGAAUUGAUUUAAUUAUAAAAGAUAUGAUGAUAUACAAUAAUUAUAUAUGCCAAAAAGGCAAAAACGUAUACUAAUUUGGAUAAAAACAUGAUUUUCAAAAACAAAAUUCAACACAUGAAAGUUGAAGAUAACGAACAGCGAUCAAUCUCAUAGCUCCUAUAAGCAAUACAAAAUUGGUACCGUAUAAGUUUUACAUAGUUGGGCAAACACGGACCCCUGGAUAACCAGAGGUUGGAUCAGGUGUCUAGGAGGAGUAAGAAUCCCCUGUCAACCGGUCACACCCGCCGUGAGCCCUAUAUCCUGAUCAGGUAAACGGAGUUAUCAGUAGUCAAAAUCAGUGUGCCAAGAACGGCCUAACUAUCGAUAUGAAACAUGUCAGACAGCAUUUGACCCAAUGAUAGGUUGUAUUGACGAACUAAAGGGUGUUAAGAAAGUUCGUUCCAUGAUUCACAUCAUGCCUAAACUUAUUUAUAAACAACUCAUAUACACGUUUGUAUGUUUUUAAUAACCAGACAGUCCACCUUUGUUUUUCAAUACCUUUUUAAUUCUGUUUGGCAUUGAAUGAAUUAAAGAAAUCAAAUGUUUCUGAGUUAUCUCCCUCCAUGUACGUUGAAGUCGGCGGCGUAAUUGGCUCAUUGUUGUUGGGCACGGAUCUUUGUAGGCCUCGCUGUUCAGAAUGCUCCAAAGAUUUUCUAUACAAUUUAGGUCUGGGGAAUUGCCUGGCCAUUCUUCUUUCGAAAUAAAGUUUGGUAAAUUAUUUUCACACCAAUUUUGUGUUAGGAGGGCAGUGUGAGGUGUCGCUCCAUCUUGAACAAACGUAGCAUGUCCUGGAUAUUGAACCAACUUUCGUUCGUCAAUCCUACCACUAUUUUUCUGUCGAAUCAGAGCAGGUUUUAGUUCUUUUUGAAGAAUUUUCUUCACAUAAUAGUCAGCAUUAAUAGUUUUGCUGGCUGGAACAAUGUGAAGUUUGGACAAACCCUGAACUCCCAUCGCACCCCAUAUCAUGACUUUAGCGCUUGACUUGACACAGCUUACGUCUGGAACCUCAUCUGACUGGGACCCCCAUACAACAUCGUCCUGUCGCUUCGGAACAUGAAACAAAUAUAUUGUAGAUUCAUCACUAAAGAUGUAGUUCUCCCAGUCUUCAGCCGUCAAAUGCUUGUGAUCACGAGCAAAUUUCAAUCUCUUUUGCCUCUGUUUUUUUGUCUGUAGUUGAUAUCUCGAUCUUUUAAAUGCCUUCCAUUUUUUAACUUUUCGCAAAUAAUUAUAAACAGUUACAUGACUUACAUUAAAGCCUGAGUUCUUAAGUUCCUUGCUGCAUUUUCUUGUUGAUUUUCCUCUUUUGUAUUUUAUGUUCUCCACUUUUUUCUUUACUACCCCACUAUUUUCGAUGGCCGACCGGAUCUCGGUUGAUCUGUUAGUUGUUUAUUUUGCUCUCGCCUUCGUCUCCACUUUGUUACCCAUCGCUCACUUUUACAUAGCUGCUUAGCCACAUCCUUCACACUUAAUCCUGCAUCUAAUAAAGCCAAAGCUUGAGCUCGUUCAUUAAUUGUAUCAACACUUGUACAGGACGUCUGCUUUUUCAACGAACUCGGCAUAUUUAUUUCAUGACGUAAUAGACAUUAUGUUUACAUCACUCCAUAGUAACACGAGAGAGUGCACAUAGGGAAGGAUAACUAUCGAUAUAAUGGAAAAAAAAUUCUAAAGUGUUACCAGUAAAAAUUUGAAACAAAAAUAUUUAGUUUUUCUAUUUAAUUUUUUAAAUUUACAAACGGAACGAAUUUUCUUAACACCCUUUAGAUCGUUAUAACGAUCAUAGAAUUUGCGAAAUGCUGACUUCAAUCGAGACUGUUGGAACCCCUCUACCAUCAACUUGUUUGUCAGUAGCUUGCCUCGAUUUAAAAACUGACUAUACGCAAAACAAGCUCUUGCGUAUCGAAUCUGUAGAGAGAAAUAACUGAAUAUGAAUAAAAGACUGUAGGGAAUUUGAACUCGAGAUAUGUGGUUCACCAGCCCAAUGCUUUACCCACUGAGCUACAAUGAUAGACAAACAAACCGAUCGAUACAAAUGAUUUCACAAAACAUUUAAAUCGCCAUCUGUUGACGUGGUGUCAUACAGAGUAUAAGCUUUAGUGUAGUGAGCUCCCUUAAAUGCUGCAGGUCGUGAUUUCAACCUCGGUCCAAGGCGAAAGUUGUUAUUUAUAUAAAGUUAAAUUUUAUGUGAUUUAUAUAAAGACAUACAUUGAUUACAGAUCCAUGACAAUAAAUUCUACAUACUACUAUUUGUAACUCAUUAAACUCUAUAAGGUUUAUCUGAAAGAUAAUACAUUUACAGUUACGGUGCAUGAACCACUUAAAACGUCUUGAAAAUAAUGUACUAUGCGAUAAUGGGUAUUCCUUGCAAUUA